AUGUCUAUCAAUGACCGAUCAGAAGACGCUUUUAAUGAUAAAGUAAAAAAUAUUGCGACAUCCCGCUCAAAAUGGCGUGUUCCUGCCUCAAUCGUAUCCAAACGAACCAUUAAUCCAAUUCGUGAAACGAUUUAUAAAAUGCAGGCUAAACCAAAUCCCGACAAAGAACUUAUCUCUUUAGCAUUAGGUGAUCCAACUCGGUUUGAAAAUUUCAAAAUUCAUGGGAAUUGCAUUGACGCCGUAAUAAAGCAACUACAAUCAUAUAAAGCGAAUGGAUACCCACCUGCGAUUGGUUGUGAUGAGGCACGAAAAGCUCUAGCUAAAAAGUUUUCAACAGAAGAAGCGCCAUUAACUUCAAGGGAUGUCGUAAUAGGUAGUGGUGCUUCGGAUGCAUUGAAUCUUGCGAUCGGUGCUCUGUGUAACGAAGGUCAAAACAUCCUUUUACCUAGACCUGGAUUUUCAAUAUAUGAGACAAUUUCCUACUCUAAAGGCAUUGAAUGCCG